CUAAUUGGCUAUCAUUACGCAUGCGCAUUACGGAUGGAAGAGUCCACUUUGCCAAGAUGGCGGACGGAGUCGAAAUUCCGCCAGAAACACUUUUUGACAAGAUUUUGCACUGGGGGCUGUUUCUUGGGGCAAUUUUCCAGAUGGUGGCCAUAGCGGCAGUUGUGUUACUCCCAAGGAAGGCAGAAGAACAGGAGCCAGUAGAAGAGCUCCAGAACGGGUCCAAACCAGGAGGAGGGAGACACGAAAGUGUAGCCCCACCAGCAGCGAGCAGCGGUCGGAAGGGCAAGGGGAAGGAGUCCAAGAAGAGGAGAUAAAAUUUUUUUCAAGACUUGAGACUCUUUAUCGAAGGAGCUGAGCCUGCACCAGUGACAACAGCAACUGAAACACACAAAUGAUGGAGCAUUGAACAUCUGUGAGCUCCUUGGUGUGACAUUUGGAAAAGACUGAAGAAAGAUUCAGUCGCUAUUUUAUGAGACACAUGGCUCAUUUUUAUCUACACGUUGUGACACAUUCUUCUAUGUUAUGUUAUAAAACAUUACACACUGCUAUGAAAUGG